UGGACUGAGAAUGGAUGCACUCAUAUUGAAAAGAGUUGAGUUUAGCUAUGUGGCGACAAUGUCUUUUGACGAUUUGCUCGAUGGAGAAUUGAUGGUGCCCUUUCAUGUCGCGGAAGAGCGCAUCUUCUGCGUAUAUAUGCACAAAUUUCCUGCUCUUACAUAUGAUGGAUGGUAAUUCACAUGGUU